AUGUGUUUGUUUGCGUUGUAUGUCGGGAUGAUACGAUCAACUAUUUUAAGAAAGGGUGUUCUAUUCUUUAUUAGAUCUCAAGACGAUCCAAAUAUUAGAUUAAUCCAUGAUGCUCUAGUUAAACCUUUAUCUUUACAAAUGUCAAGAUUCAUGCUUAGUGCAGUAUUAUAUACACUUUUCAUUAUAUUUGGUAUUGGUGGACUUACUUAUGGCGUUAAAUAUUUUUCAUCUAUUCAAUUUUUCCCAAUUGAAAUUCCAAGCUCAUUGUAUUUUUAUGUUGGAAAUCCCCUACCUUUUGCAUUUACAAGAUUUGUUCCAUUACUUAUAAAAUACGUUAGGUUAUACUGGUGUUUCAUUUUUAAAUUCAUUUCACAUCAAUUGAGAUUAUCAUCGUUCUUAUUGAAUAAUGAUGACGCAACAGAAAGAGGUUAUAUUGUAUAUAAAAAUAUUUUUCAAAGAUUAUUAAAAGCAAAACCAGAUUAUUCAAAACCAGAAUCAUAUCAAAGUGCAAUGAUUAAAUUUAAAGAAGACACCUCAAUCAAUGCGAUCUUUAUUCCCAAUGGAAAUUUCGUUAGAGCACCAAAUAAUGAUUCAGUAAAAAGAAAAUUUCUUGAUGAACUAUUUAUUCCAGUUACAAAAGAGGAUGUUGUUCUA